AUGUCAUUGAAGUGGCUCUUGUUUGUCGCCCUGGUGGCGCUGCUCAGCAUUGGAACAGGUUCCCUGGCCCAGCCAAGGAGGUCCGCCAUCCGGGCCAGACCAGCUCUGGAGCAGCAGAUUCGCCUCCAGCGCUUGAAUGCCAAAUACUAUGCCAUUCAGCAGGACGAGGAGGAUGGCGAUGACAUCCUCGAGCAUGAAGAAGACCUGGCCGACGAUGGUGAGGACGAGGAGGAAGAUGAUAUCAACGAUGGAGAGGAGGAAGAAACCCAAAACACCGAAGCUGAAACGGAAAACAAAAAAAUGGAUACCAAAUCGGUGACCGCUAACAGCACACCCGCCAAGUCAAAGACUGAAGUCAAGCAACAGUUGCAGAGGGAGGACGAGUCUAUCGAUGAACUGCAGGACCUUGAGGAACCUGAAGAUGAAGGCGAGGACGAGCUUGAGCAGGAAAUCGACCUCCCACGCGCUGAGGCGCGUAAUCGCCGGCGCGGGGGCGGGCGAAAUGGCAAGGGCGGACGGAGGGGGCGUGGCAACAGCAAGCGCAGGAGGGGAAACCGCAGGUGCGGCGGUAAGGGAAAGCGCGGCCGUCGUGGCCAACGAAGACGCUCGCCUUCAAAGCGCAGCGGCAACAAACGAAGAACGGGUUCCAAGACAAAGCGACAGGGUCAGAAGAACAAAACAGCCGCCAACAAGGAAGCUGGUGCGCCGUCAAACAAGGUGGCCUGA